AUGCCCAAUAGCUCUGCUGCUGGUUCCAAUGUUGACCGCCAAGAGAUCGACCGGAUCUUACGGGCCAAGCGGCAGCAGCGCGAAACAAAGGCGUGCUAUCCGUGUCGCUCGCGCAAAGUCAAGUGCGACAAUGGCCAUCCAUGCAGAACCUGCCAGAAGCGAGGUCAUCCCGAGAUCUGUGUCUAUGACCUUGAGGAACCUUCUCCGCGGAAGCGGACCAUGUUAAGUCCUCGGAAUGGCAACGCUGAUGCCUCUCACGCUGCGUUCACGCAGAGGAGUCCAAAUGAUCGGCCUCGACUCGGGGAUUCGGCAUCUGCUCUGCAUACCAAUCCUGCAUCACAAUCGGUCAACCAAGAGGACUCUGCGAAUUACGUCUUUUCUGGAGAGAAUACAGUCAUUUCCAUACUGGGUUCACACGACACUGAUGGAUCAAUUGCCCACAGGGCGAGCUCUGUGUUGGGGCUCCAAAAUAGCUUCAGCAAUUACCCAUUCCUUGAUCUCAAAACACCCAUAGAUCGAUGGAAGUCUCUCGUGGAUAUCCUUCCUCGAAGGGAGGAAAUUUUGAAGUUUUUCCACUUCUACCGUACCUCGGCUCAUCCAUUCAACCCAAUUCUUGUUGAUAUCGACGGCUUUGAAUCGGUAAUAUGCCAGUUCCUUACAUCCUACGCUUCCGGGGAACUGCGCGAUUACGACAAGAUCUCGGAAAGAUGGUCGUCGGAUCGAUCCGUCGGUCAGAUCAGUCUCCUCCUGGCUGCGUUGGCUUCGGGAGCCCAUUAUUCAGACCUUGAGAACCCCGAAAGGUCGGAAAAAUAUCAAAGCUUUGGUAGGGAUAAGCGCUCUUCUAUCAUGAAGCAUGACUGA